AUGUUACAUACCCAAGGAGCUUCAAAGAACACUUGCAAUCUCCUUGCUGUCUAUUGUGGGAGAACUGCAGAAAAUAAACAGGAGAGAGAUGUUGCAGAUGAAAAGCCUAAGUUCCCUUUCCCAGUUAUUGUAUCUUCAGGGCAUUUAGAGGUUCAAACAUUGAAAAAUCCAAGUAUUGAAGAGUUUCGAAAGGUUGUUGAUUCAUGGCAGCCAAAUUGUGUGUACUUGAAAGGAGAACAGCUGCCAAAUGAUGAAGUUGGCCCCCUGGUUUGGGGAGGGGCCGACUUGUCCUCUCCAGAAGCUGUAUCUGGACUCUUUAGUACCACAUUGCCUAUAUCUGUUUAUCUGGAGUUCCCAAAUGGUGAAAAGUUUGCAGAAGCACUUCAGGCAAAGGGAAUUCCUUACGUAAUUUAUUGGAAGAACACUUUUUCUUCCUAUGCAGCUAGCCAUUUUUGUCAUGCAAUGUACUCAGUGGUACAAAGUUCAUACUGUCACACUUGGGAUGUGUUUCAGCUUGCGCAUGCCUCCUUUAGGCUUCAUUACGUUCAAAAUAAUCUGGUCCUUCAUGAUAACACCCUGGAAGUUAAUGAUAAAUUGGGCCCUAAUCUUCUUGGGGAACCUCCAAAUAUUAGUGUAACUCUACCUGAGAUGGGUCCCGAGGAUGAUGAAGAGAGUGCCUCUGGUGACCUUCCUGCCGUGAAGAUAUAUGAUGAUGAUGUGAACAUGAGGUUUCUUGUCUGUGGAGUGGCAAGUUCAUUGAAUGCUUUCUUAUUGGGGUCUCUGGAGGAUGGUCUCAAUGCACUAUUGAGUAUUGAAAUGAGGAGCAGCAAACUUCAAAACAGGGCGAGUGCCCCCCCACCACCACUUCAGGCUGGCACAUUUUCUCGUGGUGUCGUGACCAUGCGAUGUGAUUUGUCAACCAGUAGUUCUGCUCACAUCUCUCUGUUGGUGUCAGGAAGUGCUCAAACGUGUUUCGAUGAUCUGCAAUUGGAAAAUCAUAUAAAAAGUGAAAUCAUUGAAAAAAGUCAGCUGAUUCGUGCACUGCCAAAUUGUGAGGAAAACAAACCAUGCUUGUCGGAACCUCGAAGAUCAGUCGCAAUAGCUUGCGGGGCAGCAGUAUUCGAAGUUUCCAUGAAGGUUCCAACAUGGGCUUCACAGGUUUUGAGGCAACUAGCACCGGAUGUUUCAUAUCGCAGUUUAGUUGCUCUUGGUGUUGCCGGUGUCCAGGGAUUAGCUGUAGCUUCAUUUGAGAAAGAAGAUGCAGAGCGGCUUCUUUUCUUCUGUAAGCAGCAGGUGAAGGAUAGUAAUUUGAACAAUCAAAGGAUCAGCAGCUUUCCCACCUGGUUCAAACCACCACCUCCUAGUAGAAAGAGGUCACUAGAGAAAAGCAUUGGCUCUCAAAAUGGUUUAGUUUCUGGAAAUCAAGCCACUGUGAAGAAUGAAGAUAAUGGUAAUAUGGAAACUGGGUUGGUGAAUGGGAUCUCUGUGCCUCUUGUGCCAGCAAGACAAAUGAUUAAAGUUGCUGCCAUGAGGCCCAUUCCUCACAUUCAUCACCAGAAAAUGCUUCCCUUUUCGGGAAUUUCAGAGGCUGAUGGGAAUGAUGCAAGUCAGACAAGGGUUAAAUCGUCUAUUGUUCCUUCUACAAAGCAUGGAGGUGCUGGAGUGGCUCCUGUUACCCAGCGAAAAUCAACGACAGGCUCGUAUCAGGCUAAGCAAAUUAUUUCUUUGAAUCCUCUUCCUCUGAAGAAACAUGGUUGUGGGAGAAACCCAAUACAUGUGUGCUCUGAGGAGGAGUUUCUUAAGGAUGUAAUGCAAUUUUUGAUACUCCGAGGACAUACUCGUCUCAUUCCUCAAGGCGGGCUUGCCGAAUUCCCAGAUGCUAUACUCAAUGCAAAGCGUCUUGAUCUCUUUAAUUUGUAUAGGGAGGUGGUGACGAGAGGAGGUUUUCAUGUUGGCAAUGGUAUAAAUUGGAAAGGACAGGUUUUCUCGAAGAUGCGCAAUCACACUGUGACAAAUAGAAUGACUGGUGUUGGAAAUACACUUAAAAGACACUAUGAAACUUACCUUUUGGAAUAUGAAUUGGCUCAUGAUGAUGUAGAUGGAGAGUGCUGCUUAUUGUGUCGCAGUAGCGCUGCUGGAGACUGGGUUAACUGUGGCAUAUGUGGGGAGUGGGCCCAUUUUGGAUGCGACCGGAGACCUGGUUUGGGUGCCUUUAAAGAUUAUGCAAAGACAGAUGGUCUAGAAUACGUAUGCCCUCAGUGCACCAUGUCUCAUAAGAAAAAGGUGCAGAAGAAUGGGAAUGGAUAUUCUUAA